USCACUCGUUUUUGGCCUAACACUAAGUAGACGCCUUGAAUUCAUGAGGAGACAAAUAGAAUAGGACACACGACACCACCUAUCACUACGACACCAUUUACCURCUGCACAAACCAAACUAUAACCCAGAGACAUCCCCGUAACAAUCUUAAUCGAAGCAACCGCAAUGCCGAAGAAUGGAUGAUAUUUCAAUGAAAAAUGUCUGUCCGAUGAUUUCGCAGAGGACGCGAUCAAAAAUCAUCGAAUGUGUAUCUCUCAAUCGGGUCACAAUCGUGGUUGGUCCAACGGGAUCGGGAAAAAGCACUCUGGUUCCAAGCGUUCUCGAGGAGGGUCUAAAUACUCGCGUAUUGUGUAGCUUGCCUAGAAGGCUAGCAGUGCUGUCUAUUGCGAAACGCGUAGCAUGCCUAAGGGGUUGUCCCGAGCUUGGUGGCGAUUCGGAUGUUGGCUUUCAUGUAGGAAAUCGUAAUGAGUCAACGAAUCAAGAUAAGAUAUUGUUUACUACAGCUGGGAUACUCCUGGAAGAACUCCGCCACAAUGGAGUUGAUUCACUCCGGAAGUUUGGAUGUGUCAUAGUAGACGAAUGUCACGAACGAAGCCCCGAGAACGAUCUUGUUCUUGCCUUGACGAAACGAUUGAUGACAAGGUAUCCAAAAGAAAAGUUUCGAUUGGUGCUGAUGAGCGCAGCAUUCAAUCAUCAACGAUAUAGCUCAUAUUUCAAAGACGUCCCGGGGUGCUCAACGAUCGAUACGAUAACGCUGGAAACAGCUCAGAGCUUCACCGCGUGGCAUUCUCAAGUUGAAACCUUCUACUUGGACAACCUUCCGAUUCCAGAAGAUGAUCUCGUGCCUCACAAACCAUUCCUACAACUAAUGAAAGGAGAUCCGAACACCGAUUUGCAUUCUGACAAUGGGAUAUCUCUAUCUAGCCCCAUGCUUGCAUUGAUCCAAACUCUUGUCAGACAGUUGGAUGCACAAGAACCCAAGACCUCUCCAUUUAUUAUAUUCGCGCCGACUUAUAGGCAUCUGGAACAAGUCUAUCAUACACUUGUUGGAGCAGAUUGUGGUCCACUCACGCUAAGUGUGCUCCAUUCAGCUAUUGACAUAGAUGAUUGUAUGCGAACAAUGGCCUCCGCAAGUCGCGACAAGCUUAGUCGCCAUAUUUUACUUGCCUCAGCGAUCGCUGAUUCUUCUAUUACUAUUCCGGGUGUCACUUGUGUCAUAGAUCUUUGUCGMAGCCUGGAAGUCAGAUGGGACGUAUCGAAACGAAAUUAUGACGUGAAGACGACUUGGUGCUCCAAAUCUAUUGCUGAUCAACGGAAAGGAAGAACGGGUCGGACUUGUCCCGGUAGGGUCUUUCGAUUGCUUCAUAAAAACUUUUAUAUUCAGCAGCUACAAGAAUGGGACUUGUCACAACUUGCUAUGAGCUCGUGUCAAGAUGAACUUCUAUCCAUGGUAUGCGCCGACGAAAAACUUGGACUCGAUGAUCCUCGCCAAUUCUUCCGUGGGUGUCUCGACCCCCCACCUGUACGAACGAUAAACAGUGCUUUCAAGUUUCUAAUACAAAUAGGUGCUUGCAACGAGGUACAACAAAUGCCUAACUUUCACAGCAACAAAAUGGCCUCGUAUGCGCAAAUAGUUCCGUCGAAGUAUGGGGAAAUGAUCAAUGCUCUGCCAAUGAGCGUCACAGAUGCUCAAGUGGUAUUAGAAGGKGGUCGGAUUGGGCUCCUCCACGAAACCCUUGCAAUGAUGGCCAUUAUGAAUCAUCGACCGUCACCCAUAGUGCAUCAUUUUGGCGACACUGAACUCAAUCAAGUGCUCCUUCAAGACCAUUAUCCAAAUGCUGAUGUGACAGAGAAACAAAGUGUAACUUUAGCGAACUUGUCAGCUUAUCUGUAUUGGGAAACUCACUGGUUGCGAAAUUACGAAAAGAGGAAGUCAGAGAAAUUUCAAUCAACAGAAGUUUCACACAAGAGCAAGAGACCCAAUGGUUGGGUUUGGACUGAGGAGGAUGACAAAGAAAACAUAAAUUGGUGUCAAGGAGAAAGGUUGAACCCCAGUAGUUUGAGAUCUAUCAAAGAAAUUAUUGAUAGCACCCUUAAUGCACUUUACCUCGCAAAACACGAACCGAAGUGGUUGCGUUGURCCGAUCCUAAUCCCUUAUGGAAACGAGUUGAUGACAAACAACUGGAGUCAACAUCUCAUAUGGGACGCAGCAUGUUCUUUCGACUCUACGCGCCUUCUCAGGGGGGAUUUGAUCUAAUUGAUGCGCUCACAAAUCUGGCUGUGAACCGGUCGGCUGAAUCGGCACUCUCAUCUGCCAAGGCUUAUUUUGGACUGCCUUCGUCAAAAACCGUCACGACGGCCCGAACAGAGGGUAUGGCAUGCGUCAACUUUUUGUUGGGAAGGUGUCAUCAUGGAACUUUAUGCAAAUAUGUUCAUUCUUUCUCAGCACCCAGGCCACUAUGUAGAUUUCAUCCAAAGUGCAAGAAAGGGCCAAGUUGUGUGUUUUCUCACGGAGAACCGACUCAAUGCAUAAUUAGCGAGGACAGAGCAGCAUCGUGUUUCCCACCAUUGAAAGAGCUGUCAUUUGAAGCAGGUGUGAUAGGAUGGUUUGUGUACAAUCACAGCAACACAAUUUUAUUAGGUGAAGGAAACUUCGAAUUUGCGAAAUCGCUGAAAAAUCUCGGAAUGCCCCCGCUACUGGCGACCACUGAUGUGUUAAGUGGCAUGUCAAUCGCCGACACACGCGUAGUAAAUGCGAUGAUUGGAGUUGACGCGACAUCACUUCAUACGAAUGAAGAAUUCAUCGACGAGGUGGAGAGAAGAAGGCAUCCUAACGAUACAGGAAAGGCGAUAAGCUUGGUCUGGAAUUUUCCGUACAUCACAGGUGAAGAUGAAAAUUCGAAAGAACACGAGAUUCUUAUUCGUGACACYUUUCAAAGUGUCAAACUACUGUUUGAAAGGCAGUCUUAUCCAAAGCAUGAAGGUCGUUUCUGCCUUGGACUUCAGGGUGACCAAUUGUCGCGCUGGAACGUUUUGAAGUCUGCCUGGGCCGUUGGUUGGAAACUACACUGCUGGGGUGAUUAUGUGUACAUCAAUUUUCCCGGCUACACGCCGCGGCGUCUGGGAGGAGAACCGUUCCCAGUUGGUGCACCUAGGUUCUACGUUUUCUGUCUGGGGGAGCGGUAAUGUACGCAUAGCAUAUCAGCUGUAAUACUAUUAACUAGAUGUGUAUUUAUUAUUACAUAACUCUUGAAAUCAAAAAGGGUAUUGUAUUGUGAAUGCAGCAAUAAUCCAAACACGAUUAC